GGGGAUGGGUCUAUCGAUGGAAACAAGAUGGCGACUCUGGCAAAAGCGCCAAUAUAUUUACUGAAGUAGAUGUCCAAAAUUAACCGCGAUAGUCGGCCACCUCCGAACCUCAGCGGGGUUCCGUGAAACAUGAAGACCGGAGGCAUGUUUCUCAAGAGGAAUUGACCGGGAUUAAAGUCGGCGAGAUGUGCGAGAGCUAUGCCCGCUCGCUGCUGCGUGUUUCGGUGGCGCAGAUCUGCCAGGCUCUGGGCUGGGAUGCGGUUCAGGUCACUGCCUGCGAUCUGCUGUCCGAUGUGCUGCAUCGGUACAUCCAGCAACUGGCCAGGGUCUGCCAUCGGUACUCCGAGCUGUACGGAAGAACGGAUCCGGUCCUGGACGAUGUCAGCCAGGCCUUCAGACUGCUGGGAGUGAGCCUGAGUGAACUGGAGGACUACGUCCAUAACCUGGAACCGGUGCCAUUCGUCCAUCAAACGCCACUCUUCCCAGUCAGCAAAAACAAUGUACUGCAGUUUCCUCAGCCGGGAGUCCGAGAUGCAGAGGAACGCAAGGAUUACAUUCCAGAUUACAUGCCUCCCCUGGUCUCCCUACAAGAAGAAGAAGAGGAGGAAGAGGUCCCUCCUGACAUGGGGACCUCAGCUGAAGCUAUGCAGGUGGCGCUGGAGGAAGAUGACGAGGAAAUCGAUGAAGAUGAAACCGUCAACGACGAGAAUCAUCCGCUAAAAAGACACCUGGAUAGUCCCGAUGCAGCUAUGGGCAUGAUGCCCACCUCCAAGAGACCGCGCAUGUACCCUGGCCUCAGCCCCGAGUGGGGGGUUGAGCCCAGGGAGCCCCUCACCUCCCUCAACCCUCAGCGCGUUCCCCCCGGCAUGCUGCCUUCUCACGACAGCCUCGACCCCCUGUCACCCGAAAUGCCAUCCGGGACGUUGCCUUCCUUCAGACCUCAGCCUGUAAUACCAAAACACUCGGAUCAAAAGGGCCUGACCACUCCAGGAAGAAAGCCUAAGGUCUCCUCCCCUGGCAGGCAGCGGACUAAAUCCCCCAAAGGGGUCAUUCCCGUUCCGGUGGUGGGGAGUCCCAUCCACUCUCCCAAACCGUCGAAGGAGAAGAAGAAAUCCCCGGGGAGGACGAAAAGUCCGAAAAGCCCCAAGAGUCCAAAGAUGAGUUCUGCUAAAGCUUGUCAACCCCAGAGCAAGACAGAUAUCGUGCCUAAGCUGCCGCUGUCUUCUCUGAGUGAGAGGAUGGGCAAAGAGAACAUCCACAUGCGGCAGAAUCUAGAAGACCGCGAGAUCGCCGAGGGCACGUUUAAGAAACUGGAGCCCGAUAAUACGGCCAUCGACGACUCCAUCGAUGCCGUGAUUGCCAGAGCUUGUGCCGAGCGGGAGCCUGACCCCUUCGCCUUUUCUUCGGGCUCCGAUUCCGACAGCAACGGGUUCUCCAGCCCCAGGAGGCUGACCAUCAUGGAGCCGCCGACACCCAAAGGCCCCAUGGGCGCCGGGAACUUCAUCAAAGACACGUCGACGCCUCUUCACCUGCAGACGCACCCGGGCCUGGGAAACUGGACCAUGGAUGACUCCAUCAAUGAGGUGAUUAGGAAGGUCAACCAGGGGGGUCCGUCCGCCCCGCCGCCCCCGCCUCAGAGCCAAAUGGAGUACGUGUCGUCGGGGUCCGCCUCGCCUCCCACCCCCGAGCCUCUGCUCAAGGUGUUCGAGGAGAAGAACAAGGUGGUGUCGCCGGUAGACAUCAAGAAGAAGCUGAAGAAAGAGCUGAAAACCAAGAUGAAGAAGAAGGAGAAAGACAAGCCGAAAGACAAGGAGCGGGAAAAGGAGAAGGACAAAGACAAGUCCAAGCUCAAAGAGAAGAACAAGGACAAGAACAGGGAUAAAAACAAGGACUUUUCCAAGGAUGCGAAGAUGCCCUGGAAGGAGUUCGGAGCGAAGGAAGACGACCACUUUGUUCCGCGAGACUUCCCCCUGCCUGAAGGCUCCCUCAAGAUUAAAUCAAGAGACGGAGACGUCCCCAAGAAAGAGAAGGAGAAAGAGAAACACAAAGACAAGAAGAAAGAUAAGGAGAAAAAUAAAAAGGACAAAGACAAACGGGACAAAGGCAAAGAGAGGAGCAAGGAAGAUAAGCAGAAGUCCUCGUUGUCCUCGUUCUCUCUGAGCGAAAUGCCACCCCUGUUCAGCCCCUCCACCUGCCUGCGCAUCCCCUCCAUACUGACCCCUCUGCCUCCCAUCCUCCAGGACAAGGAGGUGAAGAGCAAGGAGAAGGACAAGAAGAAGGACAAGAAGGAGAAGAAGAAGAAGAAAGAUAAGGAGAAGGACAAGGAGCGGGAGAAGGCCAAAGAGAAGGAGAGGGAGAAGGAGGAGAAGCGGAAAGAAAAGGAGCGGGAGAAAGAGAAGCGAGAUAAAGAGAGAGAAAAAGAGAAGGAGAAGGAGAGGAUCCGCUUGGAAAAGGUGAAAUCGGACACUUCGGCUGCCGUACCUUCGCCGGUCAUCCCCAGACUGACCCUCCGAGUGGGAGCAGGCCAGGACAAGAUUGUUAUCAGCAAAGUGGUUCCAAACUCGGAACCCAAGACGCCGGCGCCCAAGAUCCCGGCCGCCAAGUCGGGGCCCGGGAGUCGUGCUCGCACGCCCCCGCUGCCGCCCGUGCUCACCCCAGUCAUGCCCAGCCUGCCGCCGCCCCCCUCCCCCCUCCCACCUGUCCUUCCCCCGUCGUCCUCCAUGCUGGCCCCGCCCCCUAUGACUCCCACGCCCGUCGCCACCAAGACGCCGGUCCGCAGCGUGGUGACGGAGACUGUCAGUACUUACGUGAUUGUAGACGAAUGGGGAAACCAGAUCUGGAUUUGUCCCGGCUGCAACAAAGCUGACGACGGCAGUCCCAUGAUCGGCUGUGACGACUGUGACGACUGGUAUCACUGGCCCUGUGUCGGAAUCCUAACGGCGCCUCCCGAGGACCAGCAGUGGUUCUGCGUUAAAUGUGCCAGCAAGAAAAAGGACAAGAAACACAAGAAAAGAAAACAUAAACCACACUGAGACUAUGCAAAAAAAGCACAUAUUUUGGACUUUUGGACUAAAGCCAUCACUUGAACACUUGUGGCACUGCUGUAAAAAAAAAAAAAAUAAUAAUAAAGAAAAGCAAAGUGGCUGAAUCGAACUUCCAAUGAAUUUUUUAAUGAUGUCAGCCAUGAUGCAUUGUGAGUCGGUGAGGAAGAAAAAAAAAAAAAGAAAAAAGGAUUGAACCAGCACAUAUUCAGCCUUAGUUUCUAUAUGGACUCUGUGGUUUUUUUCCC